AUGGCGAUCCGCAAGAAGAACCCCAAGAACCCUCCAGUCCUGAGCCAGGAAUUCAUCCUGAAGAAUCAUGCGGAUAUUGUCUCCACUGUGGGCAUGUUCUUCGUGCUGGGGCUGAUGUUCGAGGCGACCGCAGAAGUGUCUAUUGUUUUUAUCACUCUUCAGUACUGCGUUACUGCCCCUGCAGCCAAAGACCAAGCCAUGGAAUCUAGGUCCCUUUAUAAUUAUGGUGUCAAAGAUUUGGCCACAGUUUUCUUCUACAUGCUAGUGGCAAUAAUCAUUCACGCCACAAUUCAGGAGUAUAUACUGGAUAAAAUUAUCAGGCAAAUGCAGUGUCCCCGAAUGAAACAAAGCAAGUUUAAGGAAUCUGGUCAGCUUAGUGUAUUUUAUCUAGUAUCCUGUAUUUGGGGCACCCUCAUUCUAAGCUCUGAAAACUACAUUUCAGACUUUACUGUCUUAUGGAAAGCUCAUCCCCAGAACAUGAUGACAUUUCAAAUGAAGUUUUUCUACAUAUCGCAGUUGGCUUACUGGCUACAUACAUUUCCAGAACUCUACAUCCAGAAAACCAAAAAACAAGACAUUCCUAGCCAACUCAUCUACUAUGGUCUUCACCUGUUUCACAUUGCUGGAGCUUACCUUUUGUUCUUGAAUCAUCUGGGACUUGUUCUCUUGGUGUCACAUUAUUUUGUUGAAUUGCUUUCCCACAUGUGUGACCUGUUUUAUCUGAGUGACGAGAAGUAUGAGAAAGGGUUUUCCCUAUGGGCAGUUGUGAUUAUUUUGGGAAGGCUGCUGAUUUUAAUAGUUUCAGUACUUACUGUUGCCUUUCACCUUGCGGGAUCAGAGACUCAGAAGCCUGAUAUCAUUGCUGGAAAUUUCAAUGUGUUGGCUGCAAAAAUCGCCGUCCUGUCUUCUAGUUGUACUAUCCAGGCAUUCUUAACAUGGAACUUAAUUAACAUCCAGCUUCAGAGGUGGUGGGAACAGUCUAUUCUUGAGGCCCCAUGUGUGAAGAAGAAAAGGACAACAGUGAAAGGAAGAUCAAGUAGGAAAGGGGUAGAAAAUGGAGUGGAAACUUCAAAUUCAGCAGACUCCCCUAGAAACAGAAAGGAGAAGGGAGUAUAA